GCAGCUGAGUGAAGGAACCCGGAAGUUGUCUACAUGUGUAAGAUGUUUGAAUUGUUUUAGUGGAUUGCCGCAAGAAAAUGAAAACUUUCAGCUUUAAUUUCAGAGCUUAAAAUAGUUAACAUUUAUUGAAGAGGUGAUGUGAUAACUUGCCGACACUAUGCCAACAACACAGAAGAAGAAGAAUAAGAGGGAGGAGGAGCGGGAUACAGCGGUGCAGCGAACUAAUGACAGCAGUGUGGUGAGCAAGGCGUCUGCUGCAGCACAGGGAUACUUCAAGGACGACUUCCUCCAACACUUUGUGUGCAAAGUGAGCAGGAGAGCACCGCUCAUCAACAGAGGUUAUUUCAUUCGCUGGAGAGCUGUGGAACACUGUGUGAGGAAGUUCCUUCAGGUCACUGCAAAAUGCCCCAAAAGACAGAUCUUGUCUCUGGGCGCCGGAUUCGACUCUUUGUAUUUCCGUCUGCGUGCAAACGGCGCUCUGGAUGAGGCCGUGGUGUUUGAGGUGGAUUUUCCUGACGUCGUGCAGCGUAAAGCAGCUCUGAUCAGCUCUAAUUUAACACUGAGGGGGAUGUUAGACUCCCCACUACAAUCUACUCCGGCAGCUUCCCCAGGACCUGUGUCCAGUGCACAGUACCAUCUCUCAGGAGUUGACGUUAGAGACGAGGCCCAGGUGAAGGAGACUCUGGGUGCAGCUGGGCUGGACUGGACGGCUCCUACUCUGAUUCUCUCUGAGGUCGUACUCACCUACAUGGAAACACAAUGGUCAGAUGCUGUGAUCAGCUGGGCAGCAAAGCUCCUACCUCAGUCACUCUUUGUGAUGUACGAGCAGAUUCAUCCACACGAUCCGUUCGGUUGGAUCAUGCAAGAGCAUUUCCUAAAACUGAAUUCAACUCUGCACGCGCUGCAACAAUAUCCUGACACCACUGCACAGACAAACAGGUUCCUGGACAAGGGCUGGGAGGGGUGUGUGUGUCUGGAUAUGAAUGACUUCUACUUGGGUCUGGUAACUGAAGAGGAGAGAGACCGAGUGCAGAGUCUGGAGCCUUUUGAUGAAUACGAGGAAUGGCACCAGAAAUGCUCCCACUACUUCAUUCUCACAGCAUCUCAAGGAUCUCUGAUGACUCAAGCUUUACUCACUCAUCCUCCAGUGCCGUCGAUGAUCCCACAUUGGAGCUCCACAGCCCUGAUUGUGAGAAGCAUACCGUUGAGCAUGGAGGGUUUAGGGAUGGCUUCCACUUGGAUAAGGACAGGCCAGGUGCUGCUAACAGGAGGCUCCAGUAGAGGAGGAAGGGGAGCGGUGACCAGAGUCCUCCUCAGAGGAAGGGAAGGCUGGAGGUCCAUCAGCAUGCCAUCUGCUGAUCUGGGUGUGCGACUCUACCACACUAUCACCUCACUUCCCGGAGGAGGCGCUUUGGUGUUUGGAGGGCGCUCCUCUCCGCUCAGCCCAAACAUGAGCAUUGUCAGAGUCACCUGUGCUUCACCUAGUCCUGAAAAGUCAGAGAAAGGAGAUGAGGUGAAGGUUUGUGUGGAGCAGCUGGUCUGCUCAGGUGAUCCUCCUCCUCCCAGGUGGAGGCACACCGCCGCUGUGGUCCAUCACAAAGGCAGAGAUUUCCUGUUUGUAUUUGGUGGGAAGAACCAAUCAGAGGCUGCCCUGGGGGACAGUCACUUCCUGAGUUUAGACCAGCAGCACUGGACUGAGAUCCCGGUCGAGGGUCCAUCUCCAGAGGCUCGUCAUUCCCAUGCAGUCUGUUCCUAUCAGGGAGGUGUGGUUCUGUUUGGAGGACUGAGCAGAAGGGGGGUCCCGCUGGGUGACACAGUGCUGAUGAGGCCCACGGACGGAGGCUUCAGAUGGGAGAGAGUAGCCAUGACGCCCCCACCUGUUCCCAGAUACUCCCACCGAGCCCAUGUGUCCGGUGAGAAGCUGGUUGUGGUAGGGGGAGUUUGGCUGCAUCCAGACGGUGUCCCGGGUGUCGUCGUGAUCGACAUUGCCACCGGCUGCAGCGUGGAGUACAGUCUGGACACGACCUCGGUGCCCUGGCCUCUGAUGCUCCACUCGUUCUGCUCCGAGCUGACUGACCCAGACCAACCGGCGCUGCUCCUGAUUGGUGGAGGAGGGAACUGCUUCUCAUUUGGAACCCACUGGAACCAGGAGCUGGCCACCGUGGACCUCAGACCUGCAAUGGCGUGAUGCCGCCUGAGGUGCUUCUUUGAGACUAAAUUACUGCUGGAUGAUGAAGUAGGUGGACAUCAUGGUGCCAAAAAAAAAAGUGGAUGCCAUGACAGACUCUUUAAAAGUGAAGCCACAGCAUGUGGUAUAAAGUAUAGGUCAUAUCCACCUUAGUGGAUUGGACUUGGGCCCAAAUAAAAACAUGUCAAAUACAUUUUUUUUUUUAAAGAUUUCUGUCACUUUAGAUAGUUAGUAUAAUGUUUGUUCAAGAAUGAGUUUUUCUGAUCAGUUUUGUUUUAGUUAUUUGACACUAUAAAAACAGGAUGAUUGACUAUUGCCAGUGACAACUGCUCUACAACAGUAACACAGGAAGUAAGAUGUUGAAAUAAGUAAGGAGCCCUCCAGUUGUCAGCUGACCAGAAUGAACAAAGAAACAGACAGUAUUCAGGCGGUUGUACAGUGGCCAUGGACUCUUUUGUGUUACCUGGUGUACUAGAGCUCAUGUCCAUGUUUUUUACCCUUUAUAUGUCCAAACUGUACUUUUUAUUUCUGGGAAAAACACAAAAUCAGCUCACUUUUGCUUUUUACCCCUCAAGGUACCAGCAACUAUCAGUGAAUUCAUUUGGUGUGUUGUCUUUCUCUUCAUAUAACAGAGUUUAUGAAUGUUUAUUUUUUUUCUUUUGAUGUUAUCAGAAAUGUGGUCAAACGUCCUGUUGUUUCCAGAAAGCCUACAGGAACUCGUCCUAUCAGCUAAUGUCCCAUCUCAGCCUGAACUAUAGUCCUUUGUGGAUGGAAGCUGGACUCACAGACUGUUUUGAAGACUCUUGAAAUACUGCAGCUAAUUCCUGUCUCGUUAGACUUUUGUACCUUAUAGUGAGAUAAAAUCUGUCUUUAUGCCCUUAGUGGAUACAGCAUGUCACUAUGAAAGAAUGUUAGAAUUAUAUUAAAAAAUAAAUAAAUAAAUAAAAGGAAUAAAAAAGAAACGUGUUCUACUGA